UUUUUUGUUAUAUUAAUUGUGCACUGCAUUUAUAUUUGCGGAGGAACAGAAGAUCAGGAAGAAUUCUCUCAACUUAUUGUAGGAGGGUACCGCAGAAAUGAUACCGAAUUAACCAAAUACAUAGUUAUUAUCAAAUAUGGAAGACACACAAUCGCUUACGGCGAUAAUCAUAUAUGUGGCGGAGCUAUUAUAUCAAAAAGUAGUGUUUUGACGGCUGCACAUUGUUUAAUUCUCAAAAAAGACAACUCAAUCGAAAAGAGACCUGCCAAUAAGCUAUCCGUAGUUGCUGGAUCAAAAUAUCGCUUGCAAGUUAUGAGCACAACACAAACAAUGGAAGUAAGUGAAUCAAUUGUGCAUCCAUCCUAUGAUGGAAUCACUUUUACUGGAGACAUAGGUCUGCUACUGUUAACGAAAAGUUUUGCAUAUGAUGGCACGACUGUAGCGCCAAUACCCUUAGCAACUGAAACGCCUAAAGAGAACACUAAAUGUAUUGUAGGUGGAUGGGGCUCUGCAUAUCAUCUUGGUCCGUAUCCAGACAAUAUUUUAUUUGCUGAUCAUCAUGUAUUGGAUGAACAAUUUUGUCCGCCAAUAAUGAUAACAGUUGCUGAAAGUAUGAUCUGUGCAGAAAGUAUUGAAAAUAAAUAUAUGUGCGUAUGCAAUGGAGAUUCAGGAGGACCACUUUUAUGCAAUGGGUUUGUAUGUGGAGUAGUUUCUCGCAGCAGAAAGUGCGAUUAUGUAUAUCCGGCUUUAUAUACAAAUGUUGCAUAUUACAGAAAUUGGAUACUUAAUCAUAUUAACAGUAGUAAGAGGCAAUCUAAUUCUUUGUCUAAAUUAAUUUUCUUUGAGAUAUUAUUGAUUUUAUGUUUACUGUAUGCACAUAAUAUGCAAAACUUUUCGCCAGAAGUACAACAAAUUAAACUGACCACUAUCGAGCGCGAUAUGUCAGAGGAACUGAGACUCUAUAAGAAAACUUAUCAGAAAGAAGAGGAACGUUACCUUCAGCAGAUAUUAGUCGAAAAUCCAAUUAUUAUCGAACGUCGUGGACCAACAACCAACACCACCUCAGGUUAA